GAAAGCGGGAUAUUUGAAUCGCAGCUGGCAUCUCUCCUCUGAGCUCACUUUGCACGGAGGUUGAUUCAGCCUUUAUUGUAUUCUAGCAGCUGGUUGAGAGCCCCUCCUCUGCCGCAGCCUCCGACUGAGCGGGUGCCGUGUUCCCUGCCUGCCGGCAUGGGGGCUUCCGAGAGCACCCCCACGACCCCCGCCUCCAAGCCGCUACUCAACAAGCACCUGGCGCAUGUCAGUGAUCCGCGCUCCCCCACGGCUGGGAUCCUGAGAACACCCAUAGAGGUAGAGAGCUCCCCACAGGGGAGUCCCAUGCUGGAUUCCAAGGAAGAGGGAUCAGUAGAUGACGACCAGAAUCUGAACUUGGACCCUCGUUCCCCAACACCUGGCAUUUCACGCACACCCAUGAAAGCUGUGGUAGCUGACACCAUCAACAGCCUCGUGAAGCAGCUCAGCGAAGCCUUUGCGGCGACAGCAGCCAAGGAGGGACCGCUCCCUGAGGAUCCCUCCCCUCAAGGCCAGAAGCGCGAGAGGGCCUCUGUCACAGGGGUUUCAAGGGAGGAGGCCUCCCCUGGCGAAGCGUCCCAGAGGGAAGAGGAGAGGAGGGAGCAGCUGGCUGAGAACGCUUCUGCCGUGGCUGCCCCAAGGGCAGGGGCAAACCCCGCUGAUGCCCUCCGGCCUGCAGGGAGCAAGCCAGUAAGGCGCAAGCCCAGUGGCAAAAUGCUGGCCAUCGCCACAGGCUCCGGGCGGUCUCCUCUCAGCAUCCUGCAGGAUGACAACUCUCCCAGUGCCCUUGCUUCUCAGAGCAAGAGGCACCCAUCAGUGGCAGACAACCAAGGAGAGCGCAAGGAAGGAGCCUUGCCCUCUGGCCGAGCCCUCAAAGCAGGCGGCUGUGGCCGGGGCUAUUCCUUGAACAAGGAGAACCUGCAGUGUCGCCUGGUGGAAAAUUAGUCCCCUUCCAGCCCUCCUGGAAUUCCUGGCCUCUUCACGAGCGGAAGGAGCUGGAGAGGACGGGGCACGGUGGCCUUCCUCUUCCAGACAGCCUGUUUUGCUGCGUUCUCUCUUGGCAAAGGAAGGAGCAGCCUUUGUGUACGUUUCUCGCCUAGUUUCUUCCUUGUGUGUUUCUUGUAUGGGCCUCUCUUCUGAAAUGUCCUUUCUGUCACCCCACACACACACACACA